AGAAUGAAAAAAAUUUUGUGUUCAAGAGACCAAGUGAAUUUAAAAUGUAUUUUACUUGGUGGACAGAGUUUCAGAUGGAAAGAAACAAAUUUAGAUGAAUACUCAGGAGUAUUUGCUGGUGGUUUUUGGAUAUUAAAACAAAAUGAUGAACAUAUUGCUUAUAAACGAAUUCCCACCACAAACUUGGAUGAAAAAAUGUUAAUUAAUUAUCUUAGAAUUGAUGAACCUUUAGAAGCAUACUAUAAAGAAUGGAAUUUAUGUGAUCCAAUUUUUAAAAAAUCAGCUGAACGGUUUAAAGGAAUUAGAAUGUUGAGACAAGAACCAGUUGAAAAUAUAUUAUCAUUUAUCUGUUCAUCAAAUAAUAAUAUCUCAAGGAUCUCGUCUAUGGUUGAAAAAAUGUGUACUUUAUAUGGUAAAAAAAUAGAUGGAACAACUUAUCAUGCUUUUCCUAAUAUUGAAAAAUUAAUUGGGCUACAAGUUGAAGAAGAUUUGAAAGUUGCUAAAUUUGGAUAUAGAGCUAAAUUCAUACGACAAACUGCUGAAAAAAUGUUUGAAUUAGGUAGUAACGAAUGGAUUGAUAAACUAAGAAAUAUGAAUUAUGAUAGUGCUAAAAAAGAAUUGAUGCUAUUGCCUGGAGUUGGCCCAAAGGUAGCUGACUGUAUUUGUUUAAUGUCACUUGAUCACUUGGAAGCUGUUCCAGUAGAUACACAUGUAUUCCAAAUUGCUUGUGAAAAUUAUUUACCUCAUUUGAAAAAAUAUAAAACAGUUACUCAACCAGUUUAUAAUGAAAUAGGAGAUUGUUUUAGAAAAAUAUUUAAAAAGAAUGCUGGAUGGGCACAUACAGUAUUAUUCUUGGACGAUUUGAAAAACUUUAAAGAAACUAAAAAACAUGAUGACAAACCUGAUGGUAAACCUACUGCAAAAAGGAAAAAAUUUUGUUGAUUUAUUGUCUACACUACUAGUAUUACUGUUUGUUGUACACAAAACCUCUAUUUGUAUUUUUUUGUCGAGAUAUUUUUUUAUUUUAAAUUUC